AUGUGUGAUUAUAACGCUUGGGAUAUGUUUGGCGAGCCACCCGAGAGCUCGACAGUACCGCGCUCAGCCCAAAGUGACUCGCAGUUGGUCAAAAUCCACGAUUCUGAGCUGCAAGCACUCGGCCUGGAUAAGGAGAAAAUCGCUGAAGAGGCUGAACGACAACGAGCCGAUCGAAUGAGGCGGAGCAAAUCUCCCGUUCUCGAAACCAUACGAAAGGCAUCGAUCCAUGUGCUGCAAAAAUUCGGCGCUCUGCCUAAGAAAAAGGACAAUGCGUUGCUUCUUUAUAAAGAGCGUGAAGUGGAAACAGUGCCCUUGAUGGAAUUCUGUGUGAGACCUCGAGAGUUUUUCCAAGAGCCAAAGCCGUUUUCUUUUCGCGAUCUUGGGAAAUCAAUGGUUCAAAGUUCGACGACAAAGCCGGAAAAAUGCGCGUACUUAUUUCGAGGAGCCUCGUACGAUCAGCUCGAAGAUAAUGCAGCCUCAGAGAAAUGUGGAUCAACACCGGCAAUGACAAUGUUCGUCGUUUACGGACUGACAUCAAGCCAUGACGAAGACGAAGUCGAUGCAUUCUGUAUGGACUUGGAGAAGUUCUACAGAGAAGACCAUACAUACAUUCUUCAAGUUGCUCGUCUGCCAGAAUACGAUCCGUUUUGCCCAGUUCACGGCAGCCGUCGUAGAAUUGCACGACGUCAGCAUCUCGUCAGCAUGCAGCACAUCAUGAGCAGCAUGGACCACGAUGAUGCUCCAGAAGAUGUCGGAUAUCUAUACAACUAUGAUUUUUUGGCAAAAAUUAUUCGAAAGAAGAAACGUGAACAGCUGAGUGGCAGCGAAAAAUUGAAGGUCGGCAAGGUGAUUCAGAAGAUCAAGGCCAAUCUUCUCGUCAUAUCGGUGGCAUUUCUAUUUCUAUUCUCGGCGUUUAACGGUCUUUCAAAUCUGCAAACAUCUGUUAACCAUGAGCUUGGAGCGGACAGUUUAGCUGUACUCUACAUGUCGUUAGCUGUAUCUUCGCUGUUCGUGCCAACUUACAUGAUCGACCGAUUCGGUUGUAAACUCACACUAAUCACUGCCAUGGGCAUAUAUGUGUUCUAUAUGGCAGUGAACAUUCGACCAAGCUAUUCCUCGUUAAUUCCCGCUUCUGUUCUGGCCGGCGUAGCAGGAUCCUGCUUGUGGGGAGCGAAAUGUGUCUAUAUUACACAAAUGGGCAUUCGAUACGCCCACCUCAAUAUUGAGAGUCCUAACACGGUGAUCGUACGGCUCAAUAUGCAAAUAAUUGCUCUCUUAUGCGGUUCCACUUCGGCCCGCAUAGUCGAUGGUUCAGUUUCACCCGUCGGGGCAACGGAAAACACAUGGUCUCACUUCAACCCACUGCGAGCCUUUCUGCGACUAUACAUUCAGCUAAACUCGUCGUCGCUUGAUUUCUAA